UAGAGAGCUGCAAAGUGGCAGGCAAAGCAGGUGUUUGGGAAGCAGUUACCCGGGCAACAGAAACAGGGCGUUCCAGAGGUGGUUGCUAUGGGGAACUGGAUGCUGACGAAGGCUUGUGAGGCUGAGAAGACAAAUUGCCCUCAUCAUUAUCUCCAGGCUUGUCAAUCAUACAUAUUUGCCUAUUUACCUCUGAGAGGGAGAGUGCACUAGGAGCAAAGAGAAAAACCAGAAAGUGUGCUCAAGAGAGGAGAGGUGUUCGCGUAGAACUUCACGCCAGGGGAGGCAGUCACCAAUCCAGGAUGGCAACCAUCACCUGCAACCGGUUCACAGAAGAAUUUCAGCUCUUUGAAGAGCUAGGAAAAGGAGCUUUCUCAAUUGUCAGGAGGUGUGUGAAGGUGUUAUCAGGACAAGAGUAUGCUGCCAAGAUAAUAAACACCAAGAAACUCUCAGCUCGAGAUCACCAGAAGCUGGAACGUGAGGCUCGGAUCUGCCGUCUCCUGAAGCACCCAAAUAUAGUGAGACUCCAUGACAGCAUAUCAGAAGAGGCACACCACUAUCUGAUAUUUGACCUGGUCACAGGUGGAGAGUUGUUUGAGGAUAUUGUAGCCAGAGAAUACUACAGUGAAGCAGAUGCCAGCCACUGCAUCCAGCAGAUCCUGGAAGCUGUCUUGCAUUGCCAUCAGAUGGGUGUAGUGCAUCGGGACUUAAAGCCGGAGAACCUUCUAUUGGCAUCCAAACUGAAAGGAGCUGCUGUUAAAUUGGCUGACUUUGGCCUUGCUAUUGAAGUGGAAGGAGAGCAGCAGGCUUGGUUUGGUUUUGCAGGCACUCCAGGUUACCUUUCCCCAGAAGUCCUCCGAAAAGACCCUUAUGGCAAAGCUGUGGACUUGUGGGCAUGUGGAGUUAUUCUCUAUAUUCUACUGGUUGGCUAUCCACCUUUCUGGGAUGAAGAUCAACACAGACUAUACCAGCAGAUCAAAGCUGGAGCCUAUGACUUUCCUUCCCCUGAGUGGGACACUGUCACUCCUGAAGCAAAAGAUCUCAUCAAUAAAAUGUUGACAAUCAACCCAUCCAAACGUAUCACAGCAGCAGAAGCUCUAAAGCACCCCUGGAUAUCACACCGUUCCACUGUGGCUUCAUGCAUGCACAGACAGGAGACCGUGGAUUGCCUGAAGAAGUUCAAUGCCAGAAGGAAGCUAAAGGGUGCGAUCCUCACUACCAUGCUAGCAACCCGCAAUUUUUCUGGAGGGAAAAGUGGUGGUAACAAGAAGAAUGAUGGUGUGAAGAAAAGAAAGUCCAGUUCCAGCGUUCAAUUAAUGGAAUCAUCAGAGAGCACAAAUACUACCAUUGAAGAUGAAGACACCAAAGUACGAAAACAGGAGAUCAUUAAGGUGACAGAGCAGCUGAUUGAAGCAAUAAGCAAUGGGGAUUUUGAGUCCUACACAAAGAUGUGUGACCCUGGGAUGACUGCUUUUGAACCAGAAGCUCUAGGGAACCUGGUGGAAGGGCUGGAGUUCCAUCGCUUUUAUUUUGAGAACUUGUGGUCCAGAAACAGCAAACCUGUGCACACUACCAUCUUGAACCCACAUAUCCACUUAAUGGGAGAUGAGUCUGCCUGCAUUGCUUAUAUCCGCAUCACACAGUAUGUUGACACAAGUGGAAUCCCUCGUACUGCACAGUCUGAGGAAACUCGUAUCUGGCACCGCCGGGAUGGCAAAUGGCAAAUCGUUCACUUCCACAGAUCUGGAGCACCGUCUGUUUUACCACACUGAAGAAUUGGCCGCUCAGGCCAAGUUUCUCACUGCCUCACUACUAAGGGAAGACCCCUGCUAUCAUUUGUCUAGGGAACUUGGCUGCUGUCUCUACUGCUUGGUUCUUGCUGGAAUUCCUUUCACCCAGAGCUCCUCACAAAUAAUCCAAUGAGAAUUUCAUGGACUUUUCUCUUUCCAUUUCACACACUCCAUGUUUGCUGCUUUGUGCCAGUCUAGUACAAUAGGGCAUCUGCCAGGCGCACAACUGCAUGAAACUCCUUUCUGUGGAAAGGAAGAAACCCAUGAGGAAUAGCCUGAGGGUAUAGCUUUCCACCAAUACUGGCCCUAGACCUCAUGGAUCCACAUUCAUUAAAUAUUGUCACAAUUAACUGUGAUUCUCACAGGGAUAGGCUGGACUUGUAUUUCCGUCUUGCCAUUUCCAGCAAGUCUUUAAGGAAGUGACAGAAAGGGGAGCAUGCAGAGAAGAUGGAAGCAACCAUCUGCCAGUGUAGAUUUGUCAGCCACUUCCUUUCACUGGUAGAUUUAUACCUAAUGCAGAUGUUCUUGCUCUAUAAUGUUAUCUUGGUCAGUACUUUGUUACACCAGUGUAAUCAGAGAUUUUUUGUAGCAUAGAGCUAAAAUCUGAUAACUAUUAGCUUAAACCCCUGAUAAACUGCCUAGGAUGAAUAUGAUUUUAUUCCAAGUGAUCAGUAAAAACAUACUUCAUUUCCCUUCCUAGAGAAGUAAAGAGUGUUUUUGUGAUUUCCCCAUAGAAUUUCAUGACAAUUUCAAUGGUUUGGGAUGCUGAUCCCUUUUUCUCUUCUGUUGGAUUUAUUUAAGUGAAAGGAAACCAGUACUGUUUCAUUAGCAUGCUAAUGUGUCUAAGAGCAAAUACAUGAAGUAAUAGAUGAAAGAUCCAGUAGGCCAGAGUUCCCAUGAUUUCUAAGCAUGUGGCAGUUAUUUUAUAGCAUGAUGAGGCAGUUUCUGACACAAUGCAAGAUACCAGAGGCACUUUCUUGGAAACAGCCUCUAAAAUGCAGACUGGCUUCACCUUGUAUUAAAUUCAACUUUCUUUCUUUGAACUGGCCUUUUAUCCCCUUGUCUAUAACUUUUCACCUACAUGCUUUCCUUCUGCCCCUCCAAGAUUUAGGUUCAUCAUGAAGUAAAGCUAAAAAAUAAAUUUAAGCUUGAACUCCCCUCCCAUUCCCUACAUAAACAUAUUCAAAUUUCCAAUGUCGAAGAUAUUGGCACUAUGGAAACAGAGCUGCCCUUUCAAUUUGAAAUACAAACAGAGGCCAACACUUUCCAGCAAAGACAGAAUGCAAGCUUUAUUAAUGACACUUUGAGGUGUUUUGAUUAUGCUUUUAACAAACAAAAUGAAAUCUUUCACUAUCUCUUGUACUUUGAGUGCAUGCGUUUUUAUAGGAAAAACAAAACCCUUCCGUGUAAUUUCGUAAAUGGAUUUUGAGUAUUUGCUGAAAUUGAUCUUUAUGUAAUACCUAGAAAUAUCAACUGUUUUGGGGAUUGUGGUUGAUUUUUAAUGAAGUUGGGGUGGGGCGGGUCUUAAUAUGUUAUUGUUUACAUUUGGAGUUGACUUUGUGACAAAUUGUUAUUGAAAGUGCAAGAGUGUAUGAGAAACUAGAGGCAGAGGAAAGAUUUCUGAUGUGCAUUUUGGGUGAUCCUCAGAGGACAGCGCUACACCAUAACAGGACUCCUUGUGGUGCAGUUUCCUUGUGCCAUGAAAGGUAUGAAUAUCAAAACUAGACAUUCUAAAGAAAGUUAAGGGAAAGUGAAGAUAUUUCUCAACUGAGAUCAAAGGACAGAAUCUGCUUUAAAAGAACACCAAUGUCAGCUGAAAGGAACACAGGAAAGGGUCAUUCUCAAACCUGAGUAUUUUUAUGGAUGAUAAUCUGAUACCUACUCUGUCUCUGAUGUCGCUGCUGUAUCAUUUUGAUGACAUAUGGAGGGCUGAAAGAUUUAUCUUUUUGGCAUCACCUUCUUGCCUUCCAGUAGGAGUAUGAGAAGUGUGAUGGCUAUUGUUUUUGGCAGUCUUUCUGUUUCUUAUUCCUUUUGUUUUUUUACCAAUUUUAGCAGUCUUUACUCUUUGAUGUGAGAUUAACUACAGUGCACUUCGACUACCAGAGGAACUUAUAAAUGGCACUUUCUUCAUUUGCAUGAUAUUUAACUUUAUUAACUAUAUGUACUUCAAAGCAAACAAAAAUGCUUGCCUGGGGACAAUAACAACAAAAAGGGAUAUACUCUGUAUAAAUUCUGAUUGGUGUAA